AGGUAGUCAGACAAACGCUAUGAAAGUCCAAACCAAACAUGAUACUGCUCUUCUGGAAUUAUCUGCAGCCAAAAUGAAAAGUGUGUGUUGGGUAUCUUUCCUCAUCAUCCUGCUUCCUGUAUCACUGAGCAUGGAAAUGACAGGGUUGUUUGGCAGCUUCACAUCUCCCAAAUUUCCUCACCCAUACCCGAACAACCACCACUCAGUGUGGAACAUCUCUGUCCCAGAACACCACAGAGUUAAACUUUACUUCACCCACUUCAGUCUGGAAUCCUCUCACCAAUGCAAAUAUGAUUAUGUUGAGGUGUUUACAGAGGCAAAUGAGGCAUUGCGCUUUUGUGGUGAAUGGGAGAAAGACCAUGAGGAUACCCCUAAGAACACAGUUAUCCUGUCAGCUGGGAACAUCAUGUCGGUAGUCUUUAGAAGUGACUACUCCAAUGAGGGACGUUUCACAGGCUUUCAAGCAUUUUAUGCUUCAGAAGACAUCAAUGAAUGCCUCAGCACCAUAGAUGGGGAGUCUGUGUGUGACCAUUAUUGCCACAAUUAUAUUGGUGGCUAUUACUGCACUUGCAAGUUGGGGUAUCUGCUUCAUGGCAACAAAAGGUCUUGCACUGUGCCUUGCAGUGGUCAAGUGCUGACGAAUCGGUCAGGAGAGCUGACCAGCCCGGGUUACCCCAGUCCAUAUCCGAGAAUGAGUAGUUGUAACUACACCAUCCUCCUACCCGAGGGGUUCAGAGUGGUCCUGGACUUCCAGGAACCAUUUGACAUAGAGGGCCACCCGGAUGUUCCCUGUCCAUAUGAUGCCUUGAAGAUCUCGACUGAAGGACAAGACUAUGGCCCGUUCUGUGGGGAAUCUCCGCCUGGAAAGAUAGACACAGGCAGUUACCAAGUACACGUCUCAUUCAAGUCGGACGUCUCUGGGAAUAACAAGGGAUGGAAGAUUAAGUACACCAGCUUGGAAGUGAAAAAAGCAUAGUACAACUUAAAAUAUUAAAACAUAGCACAUGCUAGGCCAAUCGCUGAUCAUACAUAUGAUAUCAAUCUAAUUUGUCUUAAUUUAUCAAUUUAAUUUAUUACAUAGCACAAAAGGGUUUACUGGGAAGCGUACAGUAACUAACAGGCAGCUAGUGAUAAAAGUACUGUAUUAUUAUUUUUGAAAUAAAGUGUUACUAACUAUACGAUUGGUUCAGUUCACUUCCAAUCAAUCAAGUCAUAUUUUUUGCACUGACUUGUGUUCAGAUUUAGGGUUCAUGGCAAUUUUCAUAAGGGCAACUGUGUUGUAUUGCUAAAAAUCGACUAUGAAGUUUAAAUUGGAUAUCUUUGGUCAUAUUGUGUCACCAAGUGUCACAAUGUUAGAAUUUCGUCAGGUAAAUAGAGAGAAAAAAUAUAUAAAGGAAUGCAUGUAUUGUUUUUCAACCUAUGCAGAACCCCCCAGGCAUUCUCUCCAAGACGCCAAAAGUGCAACA